AUGGAUUACUCUAGUCACAAUACCGGAUACGAGGGUAACGAUGACGACGAGCAUGUGGACGAAGAGGAGGAGGAGGAAUACGACGAAGAGGAGGACGAGGAGAGGGGUGUGCCGAACAUGCUGGCGUUUAUGCUAGGGAAUGUGAACGACGAGGGUUCGCUGGAGGAGGAGUACAUGGAUGAGGUCGCAGACUACGACCGGAAAGCAGACGACGCAGAGGACUAUGAGGAUAUAGACGAGGCGUUUGAGGAGGACGAUGCUGGCGCUGGUAGCAGUGGUGCUGGUGCUGGUGCUGCUCCUGCUGCUGCUGGUGGCGAUGCUGGUGGAAGUGGGUUCGAUUAUGCUGCUGGGCUGGAAGGGGUUGGUGCGGGUGAUGCAGGGGAGGAGGAGGAUUAUGACCUGGAGGAGGAGGAGAUGGAGGGGGAGGAGGAGAGGGAGGAGGAAGCGGAGGAGGCAGCGGGACAGGGCGCAGGGAAAGGGGGGUUUGAGGAUGGGAACAUGGGUGCAGUUGGAGGGGGAGAGGCUGCAAUCGAGGGGGGUGCGGAGCAGGAGGAGGAAGAGGAAGAGGUGGACGAGGGAGAAGGGGAAGAGGACGAUGAGGAGGACGAGGAGGAAGAGGAAGUGGAGGAGGAGGAGGGAAAGGAGGAGGAUGAGGAGGAAAAACGGGAGGAGGUGACAGGGUUGGAAUUGGAGUUUGGGGAUAUGGGGAAUGUGGAGAUUGGGGCAGAAGAGGGAAUAGAAGGGCAAGAGGAGGAAGAGGAGGCAGAGGAUGAGGAGGAUGAGGAAGUGGUGCCGACCACCCCUGGCGAAUUGGGAUUCACAGAGGACGAGGACGAGGAGGAAGAAGAGGAUGAGGAUGAGGACGAGGGGGAGGAGGAAGCGGAGGGUGCAGCAGAGGGGGUUGAGGAUGAGGGGGAGGAGGAUGAGGAGGAGGAGGGGGACGAGGAAGGGGAGGAGGAGGAAGACGAGGAAGAGGAGGAGGAAGGAGCGGAAGGAGAGGAUGAUGGAAAGAUGGAGGAGGAGGAAGGGGAUGGGCUAGAUGAGGUGUUGGAUGGAGAGGAGGAAGGAGAGGCAGGCACACAGGGCUCACUGGAUGAAGGGUUGGAUGAAGGGUUGGAUGAACAUGAGGAAGCUGAGGAGGAUGAGGAGGAGGAGAAAGGGGAUGAUGAGGAGGAGCACGAAGAGGAGGGGGGUGAAGAGGAGGAGGAGGAGGAGGAGGAGGAGGAAGAGGAAGGCAAAGAAGGUGAAGAUGGGGAUAAUGAGGUAGGGGGAGAUAGAGGGGAGGACGAUGGAGGUAUUGGUCAAGAGGAAGAGGAGGAUGAGGAAGAGGAUGCAGAGGAGGGAGGGGAAGAGGAGGAGGCAGAAGGGGAGGGAGGGGAUGAAGAGGAGGCAGAGGAGGGAGGGGAGGAAGAGGAGGCAGAGGAAGAGGGAGGGGCGGAAGAGGAAGCAGAGGAGGAGGGAGGGGAGGAAGUGGACGGAGAAGGUGAGGGAGAGGAUGUGAGAGAAGAGUAUGGGAAGGAGGGAGAUGAGGAGGAGGAGGACAAUGAGGGAGCAGAGGAGCAGGAGGACGAUUUGGAGGCGGACUUAGAAGCAGCGUUGGAGGAGGCAAUGGAUGAGGGUGAAGGGGAGGGGGAGAGGGGGAUGGAUGAGGGGGAGGGGGGUUUGGAUGAUGGGGAGGAGGGAGGAGAAGGGGAGGAAGGGGCAGGAGAGGAGGACGAGGAGGAUGAGGAGGAGAAAGAGAGUGCUGAAGGUGGUGCUGUGGCAGAUGAGGAGGCAGGUGGUGUUGUGGCAGGAAGUGGAGAGGGAAUGGUAGGAGGACAGUGGGCAGCUGGGGAGAUGGCUCCAGGGAGUGAGGAAGGAGGACAGGGAGAAGAAGAGAAGGGAGUGAGGGGCGAGGCAGAGAGUGGGGGUGCUGCUGUCAAGGGUGCGGAGGAGGCAGAUGGGGGGGAUGGGGGGGAGAGGGAGGAUGAGGAGAUGAGAGAACAGGAGGAUGCGGAUGGUGAAGGGGAAGGUGUGGAGGGGGGAGAAGGGGGCGGUGGGCAGCAGGGCAGGGGUGCUGUUGACGGUGAGACAGAUGCAAUGGAUUGGGCUGGGGAAGGAGAGGGGGAAGUGUCAGGGGAGGAGGAGGGGCUGGAGGGAGGGAGGGGAGACGACGAGGGAGAGGAGGGCGAGGCGGAGGGAAAGGAGGAGGAGGGGAAGCGGAGGAGUGAGCUGCCGGUGCUGUUCAAGGAAGGGGGCAAGGACGUGCUGCGCUUCUCAGACAUCUUUGGCAUCAAGGGCUCCUUCUGGUCGCUCGUCGUGCAGCGAGGGUCCCGCCCCAAGCGGCACCGCGUGCUGCCUCGUGCGCCUACUGUGUGUGGGCAAGAGGACGAUGAGGUGCUUCUUCGAUCUGCACCGUCGCCGAAACGAACGGCUGAGAUGAUGCGAGAGCGAGCUAUUGCUCUUGAGAAAGAGCUACAAUAUCAAGAAAUGUUGGAGAGGGAGGAGGAAGAGGAGGAGGAAGAAGAAGAGGAGGAAGAAGAAGAGGAGGAAGAAGAAGACGAGGAGGAAGAGGAAGAGGAAGAAACAGACGAAGAGGAAGAGGUAGAAGAAGUGGAGCAGGGGCAACCUGAAAGUGACGAGGGGAGUGAGAAAAAUCAAGAUGUGGAGAAGGGAGAGAAAGAUGGGAAUGUGGAGAAGGGAGAGAAAGAUGGGAAUACGGACAAGGGAGGGUCCGAUGAGAGGGAUCAAGGGCUAAAGGAGGAAGGCAUGGGAGGUGAUGCUGAGGUGGCAAUGGAAGGGGAUAUGGCAAGGGUUGAGGAAAAGAGGAAUGGUGGAGAGGAGGAUAAUUGGGAUAAGGGAAGGGUUGAGGAGAAUAGGGAUAGGGUAGAGGUGCCUCGGACCACUCUUGAGACUUCUUCAAGCACUGUGGAGGGCGAGCAUAGAGGGCUAGAGGGUGGCGGCUCAGAGAGAGAAACUAGGAACGAGGGAGUGAGUGAGGGAAAGAGUGGGGGAGGGAGUGAGGAGACGAGUGCGGGUAUGGUGGAUGUGAAGAAGGAUGAGCGGGUCGAGGAUGAGGGGCAGAGAGGAGGUGGGAGGGAGGACGAGGAGGCGAAAAUAGGGCAAGGAGACGGGGCAGGAGGGGCAAGUGCUGAAGGGGCGAAUGCAGCAGUGGAAAACGGAGGAAAAUCAGGAGGGGAGGUAGGAGGGGAGGCAGGAGGUGGAGUGAAGCAGGUGGUUGGAGAGGGUAUUGAGACGCAGGAGAUGGAAGUGGAGCGAGCAGAGGUGGGGCAGGGUGACGUGGGGGAGGUGGGGACUGGGCAGGGUGACAGAGGGGAGGUGGGGUCUGGGCGAGGUGACACAGGAGAGGUGGGGAGUGGGCAGGUUGACACAGGGGCAGGGGCAGCGGUGGGGGGGGCUGGAGAGCAGGACAUGGGGGUUGGAGUGGGCAUGGAGAAAGGGGUUGAAACCAGCAAGAUGGAGGUUGAGAAGUCAAGUGUUGAGACUUCUCAAAGCCCUAUAAGGGCUGGAAAGGACAAGGAGAGAGGGGCUGACACUGGCGACAUGGAGGCUGAGAAACCAGGGGAGGAUGUUGAAGGGGCUGGAAGGAGUAUUGGUGGGGGCGAUGGGGGAGAGACUGCACGCAUGGACCAAUCGGAAGGGUUAGGGGUGGAGCAGAGGGAAGGAGAGGGUCCAGGGGCGGAGUGCCAGGGAUUGCGUGGUGCUGCAGAGGAAGCUGUUUUGGGGGCGCUUCAAGAGGGGCCUGAGGGGGUGGGACGGAGUGAAGGAGAGGAGGGCGUGGUAGGGAGGAAAGGAGAGGGGUCACAAGUUGCGGAGGGGCUAGAUGGUGCGGUGGAGGGGUUGCAUGGUGCACCAGCGGAGUCACUAGUUGCAGUAUGUGACGCGGGGUCUGUGAGGGAAUUUGAGGUUCGGAAGACGGAAGGAGCUGAGAAGAGCAUAAGGGGAGAGAGUGAGGAGGAGAAGAGAGGGAAACAGCCGAGUGAGGAGGUGAGGGGGAAAGAGAUUGAGGAGAGGAGGAGAAUUGGAGAAGAGGAGGAAAAAGGCGUUCAGGUGCCUUCUGAAACGAGGGAAAGAUCUGCUGUUUCUGAGAUGCCUCGAAAACAGUCAGAUAAAGAGGAAAGCAUGGCGGGUGGUGCCGAGGCCGGCAAUGAUGGUGAAAGGGAUGGUGAACCGGGCGGCAAAGUGGACGGCACAGAGGGCGGGUUUGAAGAGAGCAAAAGAGCAGAGAAGGUGGCAGGGGCAGGCGAGGGUGAUAAUGACAGUGACAGUCGGGGGAGUGGCGAUGGGCGUCUAAAUGGGCAUGGUGAUGGGCAUGUGGAUCGUCAUUCGCCUGGGGAUGGGGAUGGGUUGGGGAAGGCUGUGGAAUGUGAGAAUGGGGAAGAGAAGAAAGGUGGUAGUCAAUCUCGUGGGGAGGAAGUGGUUACAGGGAAGACAGACGAGGAGGGUGCAGGGCGAAUGGUUACUGAGGAGAGCGGUGAGGAGACAGGUGAGGCAAGGGAGGAAGGCGAGAAAGGAGAAAACGGAGAGGAAGGAGGGAAAGGAGAGGGGGACGGGUUUGUUGGUGAUAGCGGCGAGAAUAAAAUGCACGAGGUGGAUGAGGGUGUGGGAGGAGGAAGGGGCGAUGGGUCUGAUGCUGGUGGUGAUUCUGAUGCAGAGGGUUUGGGGGAGAAGGAAGUAGUGGGUAGGGCAGAGGGGCAAGAGCAAAGGGAAGGAGCACAAGAGAAGGAGAAGAGGGGAGAGGAAGAAGGGAGAGGAGAGGAGGGGGGUGAGAAAAGCACGGUGGGAGGCGAGGAUGGGGAGGGGAAUGGUGGGAUGAAGCUUGGAGUGGGAAGGAGUGGGGAGCAGGAGGAGAUGGUUGCGGCAAGGAAUGGGAGUAGAGGGGGCAAUUUAGAGGAUGAUGAUAGGGAGGAUAAAGGUAGAAAUGAUGAGACGAUACAGGUUGGUAGUGGAAGAGAUGAUGAUAAAGGGGAUGGUAUUAAAGCUGAGGGAGUGGAGGAGGAAGCGGGGGAGGGAGUGAAGGAGCGAGUGGAGGAAGGAAGAAUGGGUGAAGUAGUGGAAGAGAUGGGCGGGAAAGGGGAAGAGAAGGGAGAGGAGAAGGAUAAGGUGGAGAAUGGGGAGAAGAACGAGGAGAAGGGAGAGGAGAAGGAGGAGAAGGAGAAAGGGGAGGAGAACGAGGAGAAGGGAGAGGAGAAGGAUGAGAAGGAGAAAGGGGAGGAGAACGAGGAGAAGGGAGAGGAGAAGGAUGAGAAGGAGAAAGGGGAGGAGAACGAGGAAAAGGGAGAGGAGAAAGAGAAAAGGGAGAAGGGGGAGGGGGAGGAGGAGAAGGGAGAGGAGAAGGAGGAGAAGGAGAAAGGGGAGGAGAACGAGGAGAAGGGAGAGGAGAAGGAUGAGAAGGAGAAAGGGGAGGAGAACGAGGAGAAGGGAGAGGAGAAGGAUGAGAAGGAGAAAGGGGAGGAGAACGAGGAAAAGGGAGAGGAGAAAGAGAAAAGGGAGAAGGGGGAGGGGGAGGAGGAGAAGGGAGAGGAGAAGGAGAAGGGGGAGAAGGAUGACGAAAGGGAGGAUGGUGAAGAGAUGGAGGUGGACGAAAAGCCUGGGGAAGGGAACGAGGGUGGAGAGGAGGGGAAGGAAGUCGGGGGAAAGUUGGAGGAGAGGAAGGUCGAGGAAAUGGGGAAAGAGGAUGGGGGAAGAGAGGAGGUGAAAGAGGAGGAAGAGAAAGAGGAAGUGGAAAAAAUUGAGAGGAUGGAAGUGGAAGGAGAAAACGAGGAAGGGGCCAAAGAAAAGGUAGAGGAGGAGGAGGACGAGCGGGGGCGAAAGAAGGAGUUUGUGAAUGCGAGUGAGAGAACGGGGAUGGGAGGGGGUGAUGGCAGUGGUGCGAUGGAGAGGGGGAGGCGAGAGAAGCAAGGUAACGUGGCAGGGGCGGAAGACCAGUGUGAGAUGGGGGUCCCUCCUGAAUGGGAGGGAGAGAAGGGGGUGAACGAAACAGGACGAGUUGAUGGGGAAGCAGGCGAAGUGAAGAGGUUGGGGAUGGGAGAGGCAGGGGAAGGAGAGGGUCUGAUGCUGGAGGGACAAGGACAUCAGGUGCAGGGGGGAGUGGUGGGGGGUUUGGUGGAGGGAAUGGUGGGGGGAGUGGUGGGGGGUUUGGUGGAGGGAAUGGUGGGGGGAAUGGUGGGGGGAUCUGGGGAGUUGAAGGAGGCACAGCAGCCACAGGAGUGUGUUGAUGGGUAUGAGAAGGAAGGGGAGGAGGAGGCAAAGGGAGAGGACGGCAAGGGAGAAGAGGGUGAGGGUAAGGAGGAUGGGACGGAUGAAGCUGCAGUUGAUGGUAGUCAGGUGGGGAUGGGCGCAGAGAUCAGCAAGUGUGAGGACGGAGCUGCUGAUGCCUGUACGACAAGAGAGGGCAGUGGAGAGGGCAGUGGAGAGGGCAAUGGAGAGGGCAAUGGAGAGGGAAGUGGAGAGGCGAUUGGAGAGGAGAUUGGAAAGGGGAGUGGGGAUGGCAAAAGUGAGGAUGCUGCUGUGUGUGAGGGGGGGGGCACAGUCGAAGGAGACAGAGGUAGCUUGGGAGAGGGGGAGGGAGUGGUAGGGGAGAAGGAAGGGGGGAAGGAGGGGGGAGGAGUGGGAGGGGAGGGAAGAGAAGGAAGGUUGGUUGAGGAGGGAGGGGAUGGGGGAAGGGGAGGCGGGGGAGAGGAGGGGGGCGAAGAGAAGGGGAUGAGAAAGGGAGUGGUUGGGGAGGGAGGAAAGGAAUGGCAAGAGAGAGGAGCAGGCGAAGGGAUGCAAGAGGGAGAAGUAGGACAGGGGGAGGAUGGUGAAGGGGAAGUGGGAGUGGUUAAAGUGAAGGGGGCGGGUCAUGGAGACGAAGGAGAAGAGGGAAGAGAAGCAGGGCGAGAGAUGGUGAUGGUGGGGGGGAGUAGUCUGAACGAAGGAGGGAAAGAGAGUGUUGAAAGAGGACGGGAGACUGAGGGGAUGAUGGUGAGAGUUGGUCUUGAGGAACGAGGAGGAGCAAGAAGAGAAGCAAGUCGAGAAAUUGUGGCGGUAGGCACGAAAUUGGGCAAGAGAGCGGACAGAGCAAAGCUCAAGGCGGCAAAGAAGGUGCUAAAAAAAAAGACACGUAAAACGAGGAUGAAGAGGCCAUCAAAGGGGGGGGCGGUUCGGCAGUCUCUGGACGGGUCAUUCUUUCAAAAGCAGGGCCGUUUGGAGGAAAGGGAUGAGCUGAUGGAGUCGUUUGCAGGGGUGUUUGACAGCACGCCCGGUGCGGUCUUCUCUGCUCUCAUGCAGGGCGACUGGGAGGACCAGAUCGUGUGGGGCAGCCCUGAACGCGCCGAGAGCUGGGAGGGAGAGGGUGAGGGACGGGAGAGAGUUGGAGUGGGGGUGACGGGGCAUGAGGAGAGGGAAGGAGAGGAAGAGGAGGAGGAGGAUGGGGAGGAAGAGGAGGAGCGGAAUUUGAGGAGGCAGGGAGGUGGUGAGAGGGAAAACGGGGAUGUGGAGGGGAAGAUGGGAAGUGAAAGGCACAUGGAGACGGAUAAAGUGAAGAUGGAUGGCACGAGAGAGGGUGGUAUUGGAGCAGAGCAAAGCAGCAAGGAGGAAGGGACCAUUGAGAGGCUUGAUAUUUCUGGCGGGGAGGAAUCAGACGAGGAUCUAGAAUGGGAGGAUGGCGGCACAGGGGGCUCAGGUGAAGAGAAGGGUGAAAAGAGCAGUAAGGGUGGAGGGAAAAAGGGAGGUGUGCUGGUGGUGGCACGAAAGCAGCAGCCGCCAGCAGAGCUGGUGGGGCAGUAUGGGGAUGUGCUGGUGUAUGAUGAUGGGGUGGUUCUUGAGCCCAUAGGUGCGUCUUGGCCCAAGCCCAGGGCGUUCAGAGGCUGGGAGGAGGACGGAGAGGCUCGGGAAAUCCACCCGCUGCUGCUCCGGCUCGAGUGCCAGGCUCGGGCCGAAGCUGGGGCCAAGGCUCGGGGAAGGAGGAAGGUGGGAGAAAAGGGAGGUGGGGUUGGAGGGGGAGAGGAAGGGAGUGGUGGUGGUGCAGGUGGGGAGGGGGCAGGGGGUGUGUCUGGUGACGCGGAAGGUGAUGGUAGGGGCGAUGGUGCUGCUGGUAAGCUUGAUGAGAGGCCUGGGGAUGAGCAUGGGCGUGAGCACGAGGCCGAGGGAGAGGAGGGGGAGGAUGAGGAGGAAGAAGAAGAGGAUCCAGCCAAGGCGGCAGUGAGGAGGCGAGUGAGAGAGGUGCUGCGGACUGCAGCCGUGCCUAGAAACACAGAGCUGGACUCGGGCGCAUGGUUGGAUGCGGUGCUGUGGGGUGAUGAAGAUGAGGAGGAGGACGAGGCCGAGAAGAGGAGGGAGGCAGGUGAGGAGGAGAAGGAGGGGAAGAGGAAGGGUGGCGUGAGGGAAGGGAGAGAGGGGAGUGUCACUCCAGACGCUCCUGUUCUGCUGACCUUCUCCCAGGUGUUUCCACGGGCUUCAAGGCGCAAAAAGGUGCACAAGCCAACGAAACUGGCACCAUCCACCGCGAGUGUGUCCUUGGCUCUCCCUGCUCGCCCUUCUCUCCCAUCUCGCCCUGCUCCCCCGCGCAUAAUCUUUGACCUCAGCGAUCGCCGCAUGACCUUCCAGCUGGUGGGACCGGUGGGAGAAGUCACUGGGAGAGAAGGCUCUGGCGUGCGGGGCUCUGUGCUGGGGAGGGUAUCCCUGGCGGGUGUGACUGAGGCAGGUGCAUCUGGUGUAGGUGUUUCUGCGGCAGGUACGGGACCAGGUGGUGUAGUUGCAGGUGUGAGCGGCGUGGAGGAGGUUGCAGUGAGGGUGGAGGCAGGUGGAGAGGAAGUGGCAGGUGGUGCUGGGAUGAUCCGUUUGAUUGACCAUGCGCUGGCUAUGAUUGUGCCAGCUCAGCCGCGCGUCGUGCCACAUCAGCAUCAGCACAUGCUGACGCUCCCCACAUCAACGCCUGUAACAAUCGGCGAAACAGCAUCUGCACUGUCACCAAGACCAGCAGCUGCCGCUGCCACCCCUGCCACCAGCACCGCCGCAGCAGCAGCAGCAGCAGCAGCAGCAGGAGCAAGCGCGUCUGAACCCAGCAGCUCCAGCGUCCCUCCACCACCCUCUUUCUCCUCCACGCUCUCAUCAGCACAUCUCCCGUUCCCAGGCGACGCAGCAGCGGGGUGGCUGCCUCCUGAGUUCCUGGCAGAGGCAGCAGCGUGGGCGGUGGAUUUCUCGCGGGACCAUCUGUACCAGAGCAGCAAGGCGGGCGUGGGGGCGGUGGGCGGGGCCGGGGGUGGAGGGAAGGCGCAUGGGAAGAAGCGCGCGAGCACGAGUGUGAAGGUGUACCACUCGCUGCCGGCUAUUAGACUGCAGACGAUGAAGCCACGACUGAGCAACAAGGACCUGUCUCGCUCCCACCGCCCGCAGGCGCUGUGGUUUGUGCACCAGAGCGAGGCGGCUUUUAAGAUCAAGGACCUAUCGCGCUUCCACCGUCCACAGGCGCUGUGGUUUGCGCACCAGAGUGAGGCGGCGGCGAGGGCGCAGGGGCGCAUGGAGGGGCAGGAGGGCAGCCUGCGCUUGAUCGUGAGGACGCUGGGCAGCAAGGCUGUGAAGCUGCACGUGGGCGCUGGGGAGAUGCUGGGUGCACUCCGGGCCAAGACUGCCAAGAAACUGGGAGGUGCGGCUGUGAGGACGCUGGGGAGCAAGGCCUUGAAGCUGCACGUGGGCGCCGGGGAGAUGCUGGGUGCCUUGCGAGCCAAGACCGCCAAGACAUUGGGAGGCGCUGGGGAGAUGCUGGGGGCACCGCGAGCCAAAACGGCCAAGAAGCUGGGAGGUGGGUGGGUGGAACUGGGGGGUAUGUCCUUGCUGCACAGGUCAUGUGUUGCUGUUGCUGUUGCAAAUUGCAAGAAGGCCAGGGGGCGAGCGUGCACAGGGCAAGCCGAGCACACAGCGGCACCCCCUUCCCUGCCCCGAACCCUGCUGUCUCUCUCCUCCGUUUCCCUCUCCAUACUCUUCCCCUUACUAUUCCUAUGGACAGACAUGAAGGAGAGCGAGCCAGUGCGUUUCUUCUCCAACUACCAGAAGGUCACAGCAGGCAUGCCACUGGACGAGCACACACAAACAGCCCCUUCCUGCUCCCCACCCCUGCUUUCUCACCCCUCCUUUCCGCCCCCCUUGUGUUUUCCUCCUUUCCCCCUACGCCCAGACAUGAAGGAGAGUGAGCCGGUACGCUUCUUCUCAAACAACCACGAGGUCACAGCAGGCAGGCCACUGGGCGAGCAGGGAGUGCAGAGCAACGCCAUCAUCCACGUCGUGCGCCCGCGCCUGCACCCCUGGGGGCGAGCGCACCUGAAGCUCCCCGGCGACAGCAAGCCCAAGCGUCCCCCCGGGGCGUUUCGGAAGAAGGCGGAUCUGUCAGUGAAGGAUGGCCACGUGGUGCUCAUGGAGGUGUUGGGAGGGGUGAAUGGUGGUGAGUGGGAUAGGACUAUUUCAUCCGGCUUUCUCUUCCUUUCCCCUCCCCCCACUUUCUUCUCCCCCUCCACCUAUCCCCCCCCCUCCCUCCCCGCCCCUUUCCCUCCUCCUUCUUUUCCCCCCCUCUCCCCCCCCCUCUCCCGCCCUUCCCCCCCCACCCGCAGGUACUGUGAGGAGCGCCCGUUACUCCUGAGUAACGUGGGCAUGGGCGCCCGGCUCGCCACCUACUACCGCAAGAUCUCGUCCGUCGAUUCCGGCGCCGCUGCGAUCCGGGACGUCCCUUUCUCCGGCUCGGUGAUGCCGCUCGAACCGGACGAGGAGUCCCCGUUCCUGGGCGACGUCAGGCCCGGCACGAGCCAGUCCAGCCUCGAGACGAACCUGUUCCGAGCCCCGGUGUUUCGGCAGCAUGUGCCGCAUACGGACUACCUGCUUGUCCGGUCGCCGAAAGGGAAGCUUUCUAUAAGGAGGAUAGAUGGCAUGCAAGUGGUGGGGCAACAGGAGCCGCAUAUGGAAGUUAUGAAUCCGAUCUCUAAAGCUGCCGUACUCCAUAGUAGCAACCGCCUUAUGGUUGAAGUCUGUCGGACGUUUCGUGAUUAUGACAAGGAUAAAGACGGCGGCGGGAGCGGCGGUGGGAAGGGAGCGGCGCAGGGGAAGGGUGGGAAGAAGGGGGGGCGGCGGGCAGUGGUGAACGCGCCUAAAGUAAGGGCGGAUGAUAUUGCCGCGCAGUUCCCCACGCUCACCGAGGGGCUUAUAAAGAAGCGGCUUAAAACGUGUGCGGAGCUGCAGCGGCUGGAGGGCGGGGAAAUGUGGUGGGUGAUGCGGAGAAACUUCCGGGUUCCUUCCGAGGAGGAGCUGAGGAGAAUGGUGACUCCAGACUCGGUGUGCUGCCAUGAAAGCAUGCUCGCAGGCCUGCACCACCUUCGACGAAUAGGAAUCCGCCACCUCACCAACGCAUCGCCGCCUCUCAGCACCGCCAUCGCCCAGCUUCUCCCAGACAACCCGAUAAAGAUGGCAGCGAGUCUGCUUAUAGAGAGGGAGUUACUGCUCACUCCCUGGAAUUUAUCCCACAACUAUGUAUCGAGUAUGACUCACGGGAAAGGGGGGUUAGAGAAGCUGGAGAUAAGUGGAGCGGGGGACCCUUCGGGGCGGGGCCUGGCGUUUUCCUUUCUCAAGAUUCAGCACAAGCAGCCAGGAGCUGAGAAGAUCAAGGUGGUUGAAAAGCGGGCGGCGCAGGCUCGGGGCGGGGCGGCGGUGACAGGCACGGACGCGGACCUGCGCAGGCUCGGGAUGGAGGCGGCUCGGGAGGUGCUGCUGAAGCUAGGAGUGGCAGAUGAGCAGAUUCAGAAGAUGGGGCGGUGGCACAGGAUAGCCCUAGUCCGAAAGCUGUCUUCGGAACAAGCGGCCGCUGCUGCGGGGAAGAGUGGUGAUUCCGUCGCUGCGCUGAAUAAAUUCGCGCGCGGGCAGCGCAUGUCGUUCUCGCAGCUGCAGCUGCAGACGCGCAGCAAGUGCCAGGAGGUGUGGGAGAAGCAGGUCAGGAGCUUGUCUGCCCUGGCGGAAGGGGAGGAGGAGGAAGAGGAAGAGCUGUUGGGGGACUUAGACUCGUUUGCGGGGGACUUAGAGAAUCUGCUGGAGGCUGAGGAGGGCGGGGAGGAGGAGAGGGAGGGGGGUGGGGCGAGAGGAGGGGGCUGGGCGUGGGAGGUGCAGCGAGACGAGGAGCUGGAGGAUGAGGAGGCAGAGGCUGCUGCGCUCAGGCGCAUGCUGCUUGGAGAUGAUGAUCCCAAGGAGAACAGCAAGAAGAAGAAGGAUAAGAAGAAGGAGAAGGAGAAGAGCAAGGAGAAAGAGAAGGAGAAGGAGAAGAAGGAGGAUGGAGGGGAGAGGAGCAGCGCUGCAGCUGCCAAGCACGGCGAGGCAGGAGCAGGAGGAAUGGUGGACCAAGAGGCUGGGAAAGUUGCAGCAGCAUCAGCAGCAGGAGGCGCUGAGGGGGCCGGAGGGGCAGCGGUGGGUGCGGAGGGGAAGAAGCGGGUGGUGGUGAAACGGCUGAAGAAGAAGAUCAAAUCGCGGCUUCCCGAUGGCACGUUUGUGUUCAAAGAGAUCAUCAUCACGGACCCACAGCUGAUCGAGGCUGAGAUGGCCAAGCGAUCAGCCCUGGCAGCACAGAGAGGCGCGGCAGGGGGAAAAGGAGGGCAGCAGGCAGAGCAGCAGGCGGGGCAGCAGGCGGGGCAGCAGGAGGGGCAGCAGCAGGAGCAGGGAGGAGGGGCAGAGAAGGGCCAAGCAGGUGCAGACGAAGCAAGCAAAGCUGCUGUGCCCGCCCCUCCCUCCCAACCACCUGCCACACCUUCGAAAAAGGCUGCCCCAGAUAAGGGGGGUGAGGGCGAGGGGGCAGGAAAGAAGCGGAAGAGGGGAGGGCAGGCAGGAGCCAAGGCAGAAACCCCCGCCAAGGGAACCCCCUCUAAAGGGACCCCCACUCCCACCAAGAAGGAAGCUGCUGGGAAGAAGGACGGCAGUGGGCCAAAGAAAGGACAGAGGGCGUCAGUGGUGUGUGGGGCGUGCGGGCAGGAGGGGCACAUGCGCACUAACCGCGCUAAGUGUCCCCUCUAUAUGGAGGAUGAAGAGGGAAAUCAGAUUCACAGGGAUGGGGCGCUGGCAGAGGGGUUGUUAGAGAGGAAAGGGACGAAGAUUAAAAUUAAGUCGAAGCUGCUGCUGGGGAAGGCUGGGGGAAAGGGGGGAGUUGAGGGGUCGGGUGGAGGAGUGAGUGGUGCUGGGGGGUGGAGUGGGGUGGGAGGCGGUGGUGGGAAGGUUGGUUCUGCUGGUGCCGGUGGUGUUGGUGAGGGUGCAGGCGAUGGUGGUGCUGCUGAUGCUGGGGAUGGGGAGGAUGGAUUUGAUUUUGAUCUGACAGCCACACAGCCUAGCCAAGCCAGUUAUGGUGCUGGUGCUGCUGCUGGUGGUGCUGCUGGUGGUGAUGGUGAUGCUGGUGUUGGUAAGAAGGGUAAGGAGAAAAAGGAGCGGAAGGAGAAGAAGGGGAAGAAGGGGAAGAAGGAGAAGGAGGAGAAGAAGAAAGGGAAGAAAAGUUCUCACUCUGCUUUGGAUGAUGAAACACGACACGAGUCCCCAGGAGGAGAGUCUCCCUCUGCUCACGAAGCUUCCAUGCAGCUUCAACUUGCGGACAACACUAUAGAGAGGAUCACGGGAGGAGGUGUGGGCGAGAGGGAGGGGAGUGAGAAGGGAGGGAGUGAGAAGGGGAGGAAGAGGGGAAUGGGGAAGAAAGUUUCUCUGAAGGUGAAAUUCCCUAGUGUGAAGAUCAAACUGGGAGGCAAAGGAGGUUCCGAGGCGCAAGGGAAUGUGGGGGAUGGGGAGGAUUGGCAUAGAGGAAAAGGGCGAGGGCGGGGGGAGGAGGAUUUGGCAGGGAUGCAUGGCGAUAUCAGGGGUGAGGGGUGGCAAGGAGAGGGGGACAAGGGAGGAGAUGAGGAGGGGGAGGUUGGUGGUGAGGGAGAGGAGGAGGAGGGGCAUUUGGAGGGAUGGGGGAGGAAGGAGGAGAAGAAGAGGAAGCGGAAGAGGAGAGAGAGGGGUGGGGUGAACAGAGGGUUGGAGAGGCAGGAGGGGGAUGGUGGGCAAGAGGGGGGAGGGGCAGUAGGAGCAGGGGAGGAUGAGGAAGGUGGGAGGAAGAGCGGAACACAGGGUGAGGAGGAGAGGAGUGUUGGGAAGAAAAGUGGGGAGUUUCAGAAAAGGAGGAGGAACGAGGGGGAGGGGGACAGGGAGUGGCAGGAGGAGAGUGUGGAGGAAGGAUACCAUAAGCCGAAGAAGCUGAGGAGAGAGGAGAGGAGCGCACGUGGGGAGAGGACUGCGGAUGAGGAGGAGGAGAGGGGGCGACAGGAGCAGCAGCAAGAGGAGGCAGAGGCAGCGGCAGAGAAGCAGGGCAGGAGAGGUGAUGAGAUGCGGCAGCGAUUCAAGAAGGCAGCAAGGGGUGGGUUAGAUCCGUUCGAAGAGGAAGGAGAGAUGGAAGAGGUGAAAGGUAGUGUGAGGAAUGAAGAAUGGGAGAGAAGGCAGGGGAGUGAGAGGAAGGGCGAGAAGAGGAGGGAAUGGAGGGAAGAGCAUGAGAGGGAGAAGGAGAAGAAAAGGGAGAAGGGGCUGGAGAGUGAAGCUAUUGGCAGUUAUGCCGAACCUCACCCUGCUGCGAGGAGGCUUGCUGCUUCGGAGAGGGAGCGAGGAGGCUCGGCAUCACCAGGUUCGGUAGACAGGCUCGGUAAAGCUGCUGGUAAGGACAGGCAUGGUGAAGGGUGGGUUGGAAAAGAGGGUUGGGAGAGGGGGAGGAGUGAGGAAGGAGAGGGUAAGGUGCACGAGAGAAAAGGGGAGGAGAGGGAGAGGAGGAAGGAUAGGGUAAAAGAGAGCAGGCAUUAUGAAGACAAGGAUAGGGAGAGAGUAAGGCACAAGGAGAGGGAUUGGGAAGGAGUAAGGGAAAGGGAGAGGGAUAGGGAGAUAGGGAAGGAGAAAGGAGAAGGAAGGAUAUUGAAGCUAAAGCUUGAGAGGAAAGAUAGUGAGAGGGAUAGGGGAGGGGAACGAGCAAGGGAAAGGGAGAGGGAUACUGGGGUGCGGAGAGGGGGGAAUGAGGUGGAUAGGGAUGGAUGGGAGGAAAAGGGGCAGGAGAGGAAGCAGGAUCGUGAGUGGGGACGCGAGAAGGACAAGGGCGAGGAGAAGAGGAGAAAAGGAGAUGCACACGGGGAGAGAGAUGAGUGGAGGGGAAGGGAAGAUAGGGACCGGAAAGAGACGAGGGAGGGGAGAGAAGAGAGGGAGGGGAAAGAGGAGAGGGAGCGGAGGCGAGAGAAGGAGAGGAAGGAGAAGGAGAGGAGGGAGGAGAGGGAGAGGAGGGAGGAGAGGGAGAGGAGGGAGGAAAGAGAAAGGUCUCGUUCUGUAGGUAUUGAAGAGCCACGAGGGAAGGGCCGAGAGGAGAGAGAGGUGAGAGAGGAGAGAGACAGGGACUGGCAGGAGGAGGAGAGGGGUCACGGGCAUGGUGGGGCGCAUGGAGGGAAACGGCACAGUUCUCAAGCUCUUAAGGGACCUCGCUCAAAGGGGGUAGCGGGAGAGGGAGCGAAGCGCAGCGCUACUCCUGGUGCUUGGGACAGUGGUGGUGGGCGGAGCGAGGGGGGGAGAGGAGGAGGGCCGGCUCUGAAGCGUGUGAAGCUGCCUGAAGGGGGUGUCCUGCUGCGGCACCCGAACGUGCUGUCGUUUCUGAACAGCCUGGAGGUGGAGCGUUUCCGAACCCUCAUUACUAUGUCCUUCCCCUUCCGCUCCCCCUUCCCCCAUCCGCACCUUUCCUCCACACCCUCACCUUGCCAGCUGCGUCAUCCGAACGUGUUGUCGUUCCUGAACAGCCUGGAGGUGGAGAAGGAGGAGGGCGGCGUGCAGAAGCCGACCAUCUACAUCAUCACCGAGCCCGUCAUGCCACUGGACCUCCGACUUAAAGAGCUCAAACUCAAGGGGCCGCAGAGGGAUGAGUACUACGCAUGGGGAUUGCUGCAAGUGGCCAAGGCUGUCAGCUUUCUCAACAACGACUGCAAGCUGGUGCACGGCAACGUGUGCAUGGCGUCGGUGGUAACCACCGGUGCGCUGGAUUGGAAGCUGCACGGCUUUGAUGUGUUGUCAGAGUUCGAUGGGGGCAAGGCAGACGCCCCUGAGGGGCCCAUGCUGCCGUACGAGUGGAUGGUGGGAGCGCAGUACAAGUCCAUGGAGCUCGCCAAGAGCGACUGGGCGGCCAUCAGGAAGGGCCCUCCCUACGCCAUUGACUCCUGGGGCCUUGGCUGCUUGAUUCAGGAGGUGUUCUCGGGGCACCAGCUGACGCGCACAGAAGAGCUUCGAAACACAGCUUGCAUUCCCAAGACGCUUCUCCCUGACUACCAGCGUCUGCUCAGCUCCGCCCCUGCCAGGCGACUCAACCCUGCCAAGCUCAUUGACAAUAGUGAGUUCUUUCAGAACAAGCUGGUGGAGAUGGUGCAGUUCAGUUCAUGGAGAGUUCUUUCAGAACAAGCUGGUGGAGACAGUGCAGUUCAGUUCAUGGAGAUGCUCAGCCUCAAGGGGCCAAGCUAUGCAAGGGCAGCUCACCUUCCUCCCUCCCUCCCUCCCUCCCUCCCUCCCUCCCAUCACUCACACCUCACAGAGUUCUUUCAGAACAAGCUGGUGGAGACGGUGCAGUUCAUGGAGGUGCUGAGCCUCAAGGGGCCAAGCUAUGCAAGGGCAGCUCACCUUCCUCCCUCCCUCCCUCCCUCCCUCCCAUCCCUCUCACCGCACAGAGUUCUUUCAGAACAAGCUAGUGGAGACGGUGCAGUUCAUGGAGAGUUCUUUCAGAACAAGCUAGUGGAGACGGUGCAGUUCAUGGAGGUGCUGAGCCUCGAGCAUCAAGCAUUCUGCACCCUCCGUGUUAACACCCCCCACCCCACACAUUCCAUUCCAGAGUUCUUUCAGAACAAGCUAGUGGAGACGGUGCAGUUCAUGGAGGUGCUGAGCCUCAAGGACAGCGUGGAAAAGGACGGCUUCUUCCGCCGCCUCCCCGCCCUCUGUGACCAGCUCUCGCGCCCCAUCCUGCUCAACAAGAUCCUGCCCCAGCUCGCCUCUGCUCUUGAGUUCGGGUCUGCACCUGCUCCUGCACUGACUGUGUUGCUGAAGCUGGGCGGGUGGCUCAACCAGGAAGAUUUCAACGCUAAGGUGGGCGUGUGUUCAGUGCGGUGCAGGUAG